GUUGUGGCUUGUCGGAAACUUCGAGCAGCGGAGACUUGGCCGUGUGGAGCAAAGAGUGAAGAUUACAUUGACCGUUUUGAGUCUUUCGAAGUCGACAAAUAUCGGCUUCAAACUCUUUUAGACCGAGAUCGAAUCAUUUCACCCUGGGACACGACUUGGUAUACUUUUGUUCAGUAUUAUACCAAGUCGCAUUUGACAAAGAUGUCAGAUAGAUUGAUUGCUUUGCAAGGGCUGGCUUCGCAAAUUGCUUCUGUGACAGAUGAUACUGCGCCGGUCUAUGGAUUGGCCAAACCUUGCCUCUGUCACUGCUGUGAAGCUCGUCAUCUCCAAAAACCCAAAGCCCAAAGGAGUACAGGGCGCCGACAUGGCCUUGGGCUUCAAUAGAUGUGCCAAUAAAAUUCAAACACAUCAACCGUCAGCUGCGAACCACCACCGUGAUCAUGAUCGAUCUCCAGGGAACUGAGGAUCUACCAUACCAUCAAAGACAUAUUUCCGGGGCUCUACUGGCAAAUCUGACGCUUUCAGGAAGGUUGACGCCGGUGAGGCUGGUAUCUAUGAGCAGAAUGUGUCCGUUAAGACUGCUAAGGGCAACCUCAACGGUCCACUCGAAAAAUUCAUCCACUGCCCUGUUGAGGUAUAACUUUAUACGGGGGUUUAUGCGGUGGUGUGAUGUCAUUUUCCUGCUGGCCUGGGAAAAUUUCAGGCCCGGCGCCGCUGUUUCGUUUGGAACCAAGGUGGCCUGUGUGUUCGGUGGGCACUUACUCGUCACCAUCCUACUCCUGGCCAAAGCCCCUCUCAGCAUGCUCCUGGCUGCAUUCAUUCUCGGGAUUGCCGCGGUUACUUUGUUAUUUCUGAUAGUCCCGAGAAGGCGCUGCCCAAAUCCUCACGGUCCAAUCGAGAACCGGUUUCCGAGGGCAUUUACUUCCCCUGUCGAUUCUCCUUCUGGACCGGCUGCUCCUCCCCCGGUGGGUCCUCUCUAUGCAGAUUGCACAGGCGAUACUCCAUUACGCUUUUGCGACCUUGACGCAUUCUUUUUACCAAUCCUGAAGAGGAAAAGAGGCGGGUAUGAAGGCCUGAUAUUGAAACCGGCUGUGAUGGCAGACAGAUAUUAUGAGCGGGUCGAAACCUUUACCCAACCCAAUCCCCCGGUGAUGAAGAUGUUGGAGUCUGCUCCUCAAGUGUCGUUUAUCUUGACUUAAAAUUGAUGCGUAAAUCUCAGCGCAUGAUCUUGAUUAGCAAUCGAGAUCUGCAGAAUAUUCUUUGUUACAAAAUUUCUACCUUUCUAGUUC